UGAAUCCCGCGGAACUACGCUUAUAAUCAUUUUACUGUUUAGUCAAUUUCCACUCUUACUAUAUGCGAUCGGCCCGUGUAGGCCUCCUUAAGUAACAAUGACUUCAAUUCCCCCUGGAAUCGACCUUUGUUCUAUCCCCAUGUCUCCAUUGCCGGACGGUCAGACGGAACCUAAUUUCGUGAAUCCAUCAUCCCUACAGAAGACGACGAUCGCGGUUUUCAUUGUAUUGCUCAUGCUAACGUAUACCUUCGUGUUGGCACGGACGUGGGCUAACCGACAGAAGUUACAAUUGUCAGACUACUUUACUCUAGCCGCCCUUCUCCUGCAUAGCUCCAAUAUAGGGAUUAUUAUAUCUUUGAGCAAAUACAACCGCCACCAAUGGGACAUACCGCUCUGCUGGUAUUACAGGCCAGACUACUUGAAGAAAUUAUAUACUCAACAAAUCACAUUUGGCAUGACUCUUGUAUUCUCUAAAGCUGCUAUCCUCUUGCUUUACCUACAAAUAUUCGGGGUUAAGAGCUAUAUGCGUGUUGCUGUUUUAUCGGCUUGACUGUCAACACCCUCUUAUACUUGAGCUUCAUUCCAAUGGCUAGCUACUUCAGUGCCCCACAUGCCGGCCAGCCUUGGGUUUCGAUAGUGGACACUGCUAAUUCGCAGGCUCUAUUACCCUGGGGUAUUGUUAUAGGCGUAGGUUCCGUUAUUUUAGAUGUAUACAUCC